AUGAAUGAAAAUAAAUUAAGUAAUUCUAUGGAUGACUUCUGUAAACGUAUGGACCAAUGGAAUCAGGGUGAAGGUGAACCCCCUCGUCAUGCAUUUAGUUUAGGACAACUUUUAUUAAAGGAAAAUCCAAAUUCUAGAGGAGUAGAUGGAGCUACUCGUGGUAUAUUUCUUAUUGGCGAUCAGAGUUCAUCGAAAUCUACUACUGUAAACAGUAUUAUACAACAAGUAGCAUUACAAAUUGGUAAUAAUACUGUCACUAAAAUUAGAACUUGGAUUGAUCAUCGAUACGAUCCCGAAUUGGAAAAAGAAGCAAAAUAUGACUUGCUGAUAGAAGAACAUGAUAAGCCAGAAAAACCCGUAACGCUUCUUCAUAAUCGCAGCUUACAGGAUUUAACCAUUGAAUUUACAAAACUUAACGCCAACAAUAUGGAUGAUAAAAGAGAUGCUCGAAUUAUUAUCCACUCCAACAUUCCAUCUUUUGCGAUAGAUUGCUGUGAUAAUCCGGGAUUGACACCAACCAAUCAAGAUAUAGAAAAUAUUACUGAUAGUAUUACUAAACGUACAUUAAAUAAAGUGAUAGAACGUCAAAAAUUGCAAAAUGAUAGUAUAGUACUUUUGUGUAUCUCAGCAACAAAAGUUGAAAGUCCAUCAUGGACUCGACAUAUGGAUUUAAUUGAACAACUUGAUGGCAAGAAUUUAAUUGUCCUUGUUACAAGGAUGGAUUUGCUUAACAUUAGCGAAGUCUCUCAAGAGAUAAGAACUAAUAAAGAAUUCAUAAAAACGUUAACGGGUAAUAGUUUUGAUAUUCAAGAAAAUAAUAAUGAUUUCGGACCUCUUCGCUGUAGUUCAUGGGAUAUCCUCCAAUAUCUUCGUACAAAAAUUGAAUUUCAAGCUGAGCCUCGUCAUUUUCCAGAUGGUGUGCAGUUUCAUUACGCGGCUUCCAGCAGCGAAAGUUGGGAUGAUUUGUUGAAGCAUGGAUGGGAUGCAUUUAAGGAAUCAGAAGCCAAAAACAAUGAAAAGAUGCACGAAAUUCUUUGCAGCAAUAAAGAUGAAUGGAAAAAGAAUGGUAUUGAAUUAAUUGAGAUGAAUGAUAAACAAAUUGAAUUCGAAAAUUCGGUUGGGAUGGCAAAAUUGCGAAAAAAAUUACUCGAUACAUUACAUAUACAUAUUGUGAAAGCUGCAAAAGAACUUAUGAACUAUACAUCCGAAUGGCAAUCUAAUAAGAUAAGGGAACUAGAUAAAAUGGUAAAAAGUAUUAAAUCUUUUAAAGAUCGAUCAGAAUUGAUAACUUCGUUCUGCAAAGAGUUUAUAGUAGUAUUUCAGACACUUUUUGCUUCACCACUAUAUACUCCAACUAUUCAUUCUAACCAUCGGUUAAAAAAAUUUGGAAAUGAAAUCAAAAAGGCGCGAGAAACUAGAAUAGAAUAUGGUUGGUCUUUACAUGAUAUGUGGAAAAUUUUCGAGGCUCUUAGAGGCACUAGCGGAUUUGCAGAAUUUCCGCCUCAAGAAUUUUGCGAUGCAAAUUUUCAAAACUACAUUGACAACAUUGAGAAUUAUAUCAAUUCGGCUGAUGUUCAUUUAAAUACUGCACAGAUGUUAAUACAGAGGUUAACACAAGAGUAUACAUUGAGGUCAUCUCUUAUCAAUUUACAAAAACCUGAUGCUAAAAAGUUCGUUUCACGUCAGGUACAAGCUUCAACAGCAACCCAGUUAAGUUUUGGCCCUGCAGUCGAUCAAAAAAUUAGCGAAGAUUAUGGUAAAAUUUUCUGCAUACAUGAUAAAUAUGAACAAGAAAAUACUAGCGGUGAUACAGAAAAUUUUAUCGAAAUGCAAGGGGGAAACCAAUGGGUGUCUGUUUUUGGAGCAUUGUGCCUAUUGUUGCAUGCAGAAUACACCAUUCGUAUCAUGCGUGACACGGAAUUUUCUUUUCUGUUACGAUUGCAAAACGAAGAUCCGAUGCAAGGUAUUUUGGUAUCAAAAUUUAAGCAAUAUUGGGUAUUGAGAAAGGAAAUUAAGGAAAAUUCGGUAGACCAGCAAAGUACAGCGAAGCAAAUUGCAAAAAUUAUGGAGUCGACAGGAAAAUCAAAUUUUAAGAAAACUAAAUUGACUAAAGUAUCACCAAUUGAUGAUAUAUCAUGGGCAAUCUAUGCCAUGUUCUUCGAGAAACCAUAUCGUCAUUUAAAAAAAACAUUAGACGAACGUACUGAUUUAUUAGUCAUGACGCAUGCUACGUCACUUGUUCAUUGUUAUCAGUUAAGCGGCAUCUGUGUGCAUCGAGACGAAGAUUAUCUGAUGAAAUGGGCAGUAGAUAAUCCGAAUUCCGCAUAUGGAAGGGCAUUCGUGGUUACUGAACAGGACGUAAUAGAUUUUGUGAAACCUUCGCCCGAAGAAAAUGUGUCAAAUAGCGAUGAGACACAGCAAGUUGCAGAUCCUCCAAAUAGCAAGACUUUUCAUAAUUUAACAAUGGAUAAUUUUAAAACGUUUCAAAAAGGAAAAAAAAAUGACAAGGAGUCACAGACUAAUUCAGCAGGAGAAACAAAAAAUAAGCCCUUGAUUUUUUCAACUCUGUCGGAAACAAUGACUGAUAGAAUCAGAAAUUUUAUGAAAGGAAAAUCUCCAGAUCGGGUAGACAUGGUAAAGUUAUUUAUAGAUCUUGCUGAUAUGGGCAGAAAUCCAGACACAUUUGAUGAACCCGAAAGCAAGACUAAUCUUUCUGAAAAAGAAGAAAAUGCUGUUGACUAUGUAUAUAGGCGCCGUUUGACUAUGGGAAUUUCAAGCAGUAUCACUGAUGUUAUACAACAGCUUUCUAAGAUGCAGUACGAAUUCAGCCACCAACAGACUGCCGAUAUUCUAAAAUGUGAGCUACUUGGCCGCGUCGCAUCUUUGUUGCUUGGUUAUGGGUAUCCAUAUCAUCCCGACGAACGCCCUUCAUCCAAAUGGUAUCUCUCACCAGAAGUAGUUAUACAAUUUCUUAUUAAAAAUCAAUCAGUUUUUGAAAGCGAGUCGAAAUCAGAAAGCAACUGGAACUUUUUACUUAAUCCUCGGAUAUUAGAGUCACCGCUUGUUAAGCGCAUUAUUAGUUUGAGUUUAGACGAUGAUGUUUCCACAAAAAAUCUCAUUAACGGUUAUGACUUAAAAACAGUGUCAUAUCAUAUCAAACGGCUUCAUAUGGCAAAAGCUGAAGAUUUGGAUGCAUAUAUUAUUGAAUUCCUUGCCGACGAUCGGUUUAAUUGGCAGCAAGAUGAAGAAAACCUAGAAAUAAAAAUAAAGGAUCUAAAAGAUACGAUAAAUAAAUACAAGAAAUGGAAUCAUUAUCUUGAAGCUUAUAAUAAAGUUGCAGUUGCAAUUUUUGAAGACAAAAAGGAAGAUAUAGGAGAUAUAAAACCCGAUAUAGAUUUUGAUGAGAAAGAUGAUAAUGAAAAUGAUGAUAGUGAUGAAAAUGAUGGUAAUGAUGACAGUGAAUAUGAAGAUAGUGAAGAAGAUAGCAAAUAG